AGGAAUUUAGCGCAUAGAAGAAAAAAAGCGCAACACCGGCCAAUAACCACAAAACAACAUAAGAACGCUAUGGUGGCACGAGAAGGAUGGGCCUACUUCCGUGAUUGGAACAGCUGGAUCCGGUCGUAUAUUCCACGAUGUCAUGGAGCAAUAAAGUCAACUUGGAGAUCAUCGUAGAAAAUAGUGGAGGGUGCCUCCACCAUAUUCAUGGUCAAAAGUUCAGAGUCUGCUCAUAAAAUGAGGUUCCAGUUCAGCCUGCAAGAACUCUUAAAUUUUAGCUCAUGCCCAAGUUUACCCAGUAUCAUCUCAUUAACAAUCAUCUCAUUAAGCAAGGCCAUUGCUCUAUGAUAAGAAAGACUGUCCUUAUCUGAUUAUGCAACUCAGCCAAUCAAGUGCCACUACAGCCUGACACACUGGUUACACAAUCAUGAAUAUUCAUCAGGAAGAGCUGAGUUCAUCCUCGGCAGAGCUCAAUAAUAACAUAUCCGCUGGUACAUGCAAUACUGAGAAAGGUCUACCAGGAUGUGCCCAAUGUCAUGAGUCCGCGGUUGUGAAUCACAGUAGUAGGCCUACGUGUAGUCGCCAGGACGGCAAAGACAUGGGUGAUUGUCAGGUGGAACUAAGGACUAAAAACCCCGCUGAUUUGGCGGUACAUAAUGGGUCAGUGCAGUGUGGCCAAGCCACUGACCAUGUAGAAUGUGCAGCAAUUGACCCCUGCAUGGCAGAUGUGUCAUCAGAGGUCACAGACAAAGGUCACCAGCCACUAGAAAGUCACCUUACUGAUGAUGGAAGCGGAUCCCACCAAACAGCUGGUGGUUGUUAUGAACACGAUAACAACAGACCCAGGGAUUUACCCUUGAGUAGCAAAGAACAGACUGAGCACUGCAUGUGCGAUGAUGGCUCUCCUUGUUUUUGUUCGUCUCCAUUGUCAGUGAGCGAUCAAGUCUUAAGGUGGCAACGUCUCAUGGAGGAGCACUGUGGGACUGGAGGGAUGGACGCCAUGACUGAUGGAGAGAAUCAGUCGGGUGACUUGCUGGAUGCUAAUACUGAUAAUAGGGAGGAUAGUGAGGAGAUCAGACAGUGCAAGAAAUACAUGGAGGAUUUAGUGGAUCGAAUCUUCAACAAAAGCACCAGCAUAUCCCAAGAGGACAAUGCCAAGUUUGGAAAGUACUGUCAGUUGGCGGUUGGACGUCAGUGGUUUGCAAGACUUGUUGACAGUCAAAGAGUCAACUCUAAGAAAGUUACCGAGCAAACAUUCUACAGAUUGGUUCAGUUUUUCGCCGUCUGUUUAUUUGAGUGCAAUGAAGCAGAUGACUUCACUCCAGUCAAAAGUCUCAUGAACAUGUGUUUCACAUUUUAUCAUGAACAUGAAGGAUAUCCACGGUGUGAUGCCAUGAUGAGGAAGAGUUUUCUGUACAGUAAUCUAACCGACCAACCAAUCUGGAAAUCUCUUCGGUUCUGGAAUGCUGCUUUCUUCGAUGCCGUCCACCAUGAAAGGAAACAACGCUCCCCAGAUAACCAAGUCAACUGGAGGCACCUGUCUUCGGAGGAGAGAGAGGACACGGAGACGCUGAAUGAGAAUAUCACCUUCGGUCAGCUCGCAACCUUCCUCCAUAAUAUGAUGGAGCUUGGGUUGCCUCUGGAUAUAUGCCAAGAGUUCUUUGACAAGAUGGCUACCAUCGGGAAUCUUAGUUCAGAUCAGAAAGAACUUAUCCAGAUCAACAUCCAGCAACACUUUCACAUCGACUGUGAAGAGGAGAACACCAAGAACAGGAGACAUCUAAAGAAGCAAAUCAAAAUACAUUUCAUGAAACGCAAGGGACAUCGACAAGAAACAUUCUGACCCAGCUCCUGACACUCUUGGUGAACUCUUGUCCCUCGCUAGUCAAGCUGGUCCCUCCAGUGGCGAGAUGCAGCUAGUGUACUUGUAGCAAUGCUGGUUUUGUACUAGACUGGGCCCCCCGUCUCUAUCUGCAAGGGUAAAGACAGGUCCCCGCUGUCAGAUCCUGUGAUUCCAUUGGAUACAAUCAUUGUUUGAUAAACGUGCAGUGACAUAGAUGCCCAAAUAGUCACUGCUGUCGCGUCCGCAAUAGAAGUUGACUCUAUCUCUAUGUGAAAUGACCGAGGUCAGAGGUCAAAGUACACGCCGAUUUUGCAAUUUUUUUGAUGCCGGUCUCUGGCGUUAUUCAUGAGCCUCGAAGUGUGACUCCAGAUGUUCAGGCUAGUCUUGCACAAGGCUGACAACGGAAUGGUUACCUCAUGGAGUGCCUCGUAAGGUCACCCAUAGAAAUAUAAAUGAUAGUUUGUGAAGAUUGUCUGUUUAGAAAUACACGAGGCUUCUAAGUGUUUGUACUUCUGUGGAUUGCACUCACCAUAGGGGACUACGACCUUUAACCUUCAAGCUCAGAGCUAUAAAUGUCAAGCUAUCAGCCUGUCUCCCUUACAAAGAUUGGUUAAACCUUCAAGUUCAGAGCUUCAAAUGUCAAGCUAUCAGCAUGUCUCCCUUACAAACAUUGGUUAAACGGCUGAGAUUGUGAUCUGUACAAUAAAGAGACAGUACGCGCUUGAUAUCGAUGCCGCAGAUAUUAAAAGAAAUGUAUGCUGGAAAUAAACAAAAUCUGAAUGCAUGAGACUUGCACAGUCUUCACUUCAAGGCUGUAAGGAAGGAAGUGAGCUGCUGCUAACUAUAUAUGGAGAAAAACCAGAGGGUAACUAUUGUGAAUGAACUGAAUGAUUGAGGUGGAUCAGAAAUGGUCGACUCAGAUGCAUGGUCGACUCAGAUGCAUUGAGAAUGUGGAGUUCAACCACACAACUCACUAGACUAUCGGACACGGUGCCAGGUCACAGGGUGCUACUCAUAGAGUUAUAUAUAAGAACUAGAGGGCGCACUGGUGAUGCUGCGUGCACAAAGACGACGGGACCACAAGGAGACACGCGCGCCAUUCUGCAUGCCGUUGAAUAUGAAGUACACAUUGGAGUUCGUGUUUAUGGGGCGCUAUACGUGAUGCUGAUGUGUCAACUUAGAAAAUGGCCGCAAAAACACGCUGUGCGAUGCCUGUUUUUGUCAACUUAGAAAAUGGUCGCUAAUGCAACUCUCUGUAUGAUCGGCGCAUGAGGGAGGGUGUUUGCAAGACCAGCUGUAGUACGAUAGAAGUAUUUCUCAAAGAAUGGUAGAGAUGAUCGAGUGAUAUCAACUGCUGAACCCUAUGUGUAUCUAAACCAACACGCUUGCCUAAUGUACAUAAUGAAUGUAAAUUUUUUAGUAUCAAACUCCUUAUCUGAACAUGGCAAAAUCCUGAUCAUAACCCCCCCCCCCCCCUCGCCAAGCCCUGAUUAAUGUCAACUCUCAUUGCGUGGUCUGCGCUUCAGCUGGGGUAGUAACUAUUAUGAACUCAACAAACAUGCAACAUUACAAGAAUGUAACAUUUUGUUGUUGUUAUGUCUGCAGUAAUUGUUUUGAUCAGUGAAUCUAACGUCAAAAACAUAUGAUCAGCCGUCGAUUUCACAAAACUCUUCCUACCUUAAGACUAAUCUUAGGACUUAGGACGAGUCACAACCCUGC